AUGGCUACUUCAAAUCGUAACGGUGAAGGCGCCUCGCCGAGGGGGGCGUACGCGAAAGCCGAAGACUGGGCAACCCACCGCGACCUCAUUACGCGGCUCUACUGGGAUGAGGACAGGACGCUCAGAGAGGUGCGGGAGCUCAUGAAGGUUAUUCACGGCUUCAAUGCGACUGAGAAGAUGUACAAGUGGCGAUUCAAGUCUUGGGGAUUACACAAGAACCUCAACCGCAAAGACGUGCCAAAGAUUGUUUAUAACGCCUUUGGCGGCAAUCAGGUCGUUCUACCCGUUAUCCGAGGUCGCCAGGUCGGCCCCAAGAAACUCAAAGACUACUUGUGCAAGAUCACGGUGAAUUGGGACGGUGCCGCUUCUUUGCCUAUCAAGCAGCAAUCCUCACCCGAAGCAUUAUUAUCAGCUAUACCCCAAUCACUCGGCUCCCCAGAACCCGAGAGACUGGAGGACCGCGCGUUAAUGGACGUGAUCCUCUAUACCCAACGCCGCAUGCAGAGCCAAGGUUUCGGCAUCUGCGCGGUAAGCCGGUACGACUGGGACGGCGAGUUUCGGCUCGAGUUCUGGAGUGAACUACAGCAGGCGGUGGCGAGCCUGGCCUCGGAGAACCACGGCGACGACCGCCGCGUGAACGAGCCCCGGGACCACGCGGACAACUUUCGCCUGCUGGACCGCGCCUUUGGCCACUACUCGCGGGCCCUCGACGGCGCCUGGCCGGCCCCCACCUGGACCUCGAUCCACGCCGUGCUGCUGCUGGGCCGGGCCGGAGCGCCGCUGGCCGAGUCCUUUGUGCGCUACGCCCGCUCGCUGUGCAGCAUCAAGCUGGGGCCCCGGCACGCCGUCACCCGGCUCUGGACCAUGAUCGAGUCCCUCACGCUGGGGCAGUUUUGGCACGUCGCCAUUGCCAUGCUCAACGCCCUCCUCUCGGCGCUUGUGACGGGCAUCCCGCGCGAGGACGAACUGCUCCGGACCUCGGUCCUGUACACGGCCCGGAGCCUCGAGCACGUGGGCGCCAUGCCGUUUGCGGCGGCGGCCGAGGCUUUCCAGAGCAUCAUUGACGAGUUCCGCAGCUUCGAUGCCACCUGGGACCAGCACGAGUGGUGUCCCUGGGUGCGCUGGUGGCACGCCGAGGCCAUGUUUGAGAUGAACCGGCUCGACAUUGCCAAGACGGGCCUCGUUGCCCUCGGGCCCAUGAUCCACGACGGGUAUGACGACUUUGACUUUGACCACAUAUCCGCACGUGCCCCAGUAACCAUGUAUUAUGAGUUACGGGGCAAACUUCACGAGGCCCUCGGGGAGACGGAACUCGCGACAGCGUAUUAUGUUGGGGCGUUUACUUCAGCCAAGGUCAGGGUUGCCUGGAAUGCCAAAGAUCGACUCAUGAGGACGUCGUCAGAGUUGAGAGAGCAUUAUUUAAGAAUUGGGGACGUGGAAUCUGCAAACAGGACAGAGCGCGAAGCUCAGGCUCAUUUGGAAGCAUUCGCUGGUGGCGUUUCAACAGCAAAAGAAACAGAAAUUGUAUCAGUGGAUGAAAUAUGA